AUGCUCUCUGCAUUUACCGCUUGGCCCAUUAUCGAGCUUCGGGCCCGCGAUAAGUCCAAGAUCGAGUCCAUCUUGGCUGAUGGCGACCGAGUUCUUGUUGGUUUAAACACCGGCUCCCUCCGAAUAUACCGAGUCAACGAGCUUCAUCCCGCGAAACCUACAAAUGGUGCCUCACAGCCAUCUACCAUCCCCGGUCGCAGCCCGACCAAGGCGGCCAAUGACCAACCUUCAUCGCAGCCAACCCAGAAACCGACAGACCUCCUGCGCGAGGUGGAAAAGUUCUCCACUAGAGCUAUCGAACAGCUCGCGAUAAUAAAAGAGGCGAGCACACUGGUUUCGCUAUCGAACUAUCACGUGUCCCUCCAUGACCGCCAGACCUACGAGCUUAUCGAAACUCUCGGUCGCACCAGAAAUGCCUCCUGCUUUGCCGUCACGUCCAACAUCCUCAAGGACCCGGAAACUGGGAUCCCCGAGAUUAUAAGCCGCUUGGCCGUUGCCGUGAAGCGCAAGCUCUUGCUAUGGCGCUGGCAUGAAAGCGAACUGAGCUCCGAUGUCACCGAGGUUGUUUUGACAGAGACAAUUCGGUCUCUCACCUGGGCGAAUGCGACCAAGAUCGUAUGCGGUAUGAAUAGCGGUUACGUGCUUGUCAAUGUCCUCACGAGUGAGGUAGAGGAGAUAGGAAGCUCGGGAGGGUUCGGCGGCCCCGGCGGUGCACCAGGAGGCCGUUUUGGUGCCGUGAGUACAGCUGGAAUGGGCUACAUGGGUCUUGGGGGCUAUAUUCCCAAACCGCUGUCCGCCAGGCUAGCGGAAGGAGAGCUUCUCCUCGCAAAGGACAUCAACACGCAAUUCAUAAGUGACGAUGGAAAGCCGCUGGAGAAAAACCAGAUUCCCUGGCAGGUGGCACCAGAGUCUAUUGGAUACUCGUACCCAUAUAUCCUUUCGCUCCAGGCGCCGGCUAAGGGAAUCCUAGAAGUGCGGAAUCCGGAUACUCUCUCCUUAUUACAAUCGAUCUCCCUACCCGGCGCAGCUCAACUGCAUUUCCCCCCACCUACUGUGAGCCUCGCGCAUGCGAAGGGAUUUCAUGUCUCUAGCGAGCGGUGUGUAUGGAAAAUGGGGGCGACUGACUACGACUCUCAAGUAAAGCAGCUGGUCGAGGCUGGGCACUACGACGAGGCGAUUAGCAUUCUGAAUAUGCUCGAGGAUGCGCUGCUGUCCAACAAGACCGAAUCUCUUCGCGAGACAAAAAUGCUCAAAGCCGAGCUUCUGUUCAAGGCUAAGAGGUACCGAGCUUCCCUGGAUUUGUUCAACGAGGACGAAGUCCAUGCCCCUCCAGAGCGAGUACUGCGGUUAUUCCCUCCGUUAAUAGCGGGCGAGCUCUCCGCGUACACUCCCCCGGAGGAAACGGAGGAGGAGUCUGAUACCGGUUUACCCGAAGCGACGAACGGUGCGGAGCCGGCGACGCCGGAAUCCACCCCCCAACCAUCGUCGCCAGCUCGAGCUGGCGGCGGUGGAGGCUUUGUUUCAAUGUUUAUGGGUGGCCGGAAGCUUGCAGCGGAUAACGCGUCCACGAAAUCACUGAAGAAGGACGGCACAGAUAGCGAUGAUGCUUCGAGUAUUCAAGCGAAGCCCCCUGGAGAUCAGCCACUCGAGGGCAAGGAUCUCACUAAUGCGGUGCUCGAGCUCAACAGUUAUCUCGCUGGCACGCGAGCUCGCCUUCAGAGGGUGAUAGAUCCAGCAACGGGCAAGUUGAAGCCUCGGUCAUAUAAGAACAAGACUACGGAGGAGACUUUCAAAGCUUUUCUGUCGUCCGCCCACGAUGAGUCAGAAAAGGAAUUGGAAAAGCAACUCCAGGAUACCUUCACUCUCGUCGACACAACCCUGUUCCGCUCCUACAUGUUCUCGCGACCUACACUGGCGGGGUCACUCUUCCGCAUCCCCAACUUUUGUGAUCCCGAAGUCGUCAACGAGAAGCUCCUCGAACAUAACCGCUUCAACGAGCUCGUCGACUUCUUUUAUGGCAAGAAAUUGCACUCGCAAGCCCUCGAACUGCUCAAGAAAUUCGGCUCCUCAGAGGAACCAGACGAAACGGCACCGUCAUUACACGGUCCACAGCGGACCAUAUCGUAUCUCCAAAACCUAGCACCUCCCGAAAUCGACCUCAUUCUGAAGUAUGCCGAAUGGACCCUUCGCGCCGACCCCGACCACGCCAUGGAGGUCUUUACGGCGGACACCGAGAACGCUGAGACCUUGCCGCGUGACAAAGUGGCUAAGUUUCUCUCUGGCAUAGAGACGUCCCUGGAAAUACGAUAUCUUGAGCACAUUAUCUCGGAGCUUAAUGAUUUGACGCCGGAGUUCCACAAUAGACUUGUUGAGUUGUUGAUCCAGUAUCUCAAGGAUAAGCCGAGAGGUGAUGAAUGGGAUGCUGCUAUGGAGAAGUUGAUUAAAUUUAUGCGCUCGAGUAGGCAGUAUAGCUUGAGCAAGGCGUUUGGCAUGAUUCCGCGGGAUGAUCCAUCCUUUUACCAAGCACAGGCUGUCAUAUUAUUCCUUAUGGGUCAGCACAAGCAAGCGCUGGAAAUUUACGUGUUCAAGAUGAAGGAUUAUGCCAAGGCAGAGGAAUAUUGUAAUCAGGUGCAUAUCAGCCAGGAGUCUACUUCUCCUCCAUCACGUCCCCAGUCCCAACAGGGGGCGGCUCCUCCACAGGACGGCGAGGUCGAGGCGCCGCCGUCCAUUUACCACACUUUACUGGCGCUUUAUCUCACGCCUCAUCCACCCCACACUCAGAAUCUCCCCCCGGCGCUGGAUCUCCUCUCGAAGCAUGGCUCACGACUACCGGCCGAAUCAACCCUAUCAUUGAUUCCCGACAGUCUCCCCGUAAGAAGUCUCGAGUCCUACUUCCGCGGCCGCAUCCGGGCCUCAACCAGCAUGGUCAACGAGUCGCGAGUGAUCGCGGGCCUCCGAGCGACCGAGUACAUCGCCAGUCAGGCGCAGCUGCUCCUCGGCGAUGGCGUACCAGGCGUGCAGGGUGGACAGGGCGGCCGUAGCAGGCGCGUCAUCGUGAUGGAGGAGAAGCUUUGUGGGGACGGGUAUACCGAGGUCUGA